UGUGUGUGUGUGUGUGUGUAGCCCUGUGGUUUGCAGUGUAUGCUCUGUGUAUGUACUCUCUGUACAGCUUCAUGCCGGUGGUGGUGAAGAUGACGAGUGCCACGGCGGUGAAUCUGUCUCUGCUCACCGCCGACCUGUUCAGCCUGUUCUGUGGACUCUUCCUCUUCCACUACAGCUUCUCCACGCUCUACAUCAUCUCCUUCGUGGUCAUCAUGGUGGGCUUCGUCAUGUUUAACGCCGUCCCGACGUACACAGCUCUGCCGGGGUCCGAGUCCAACGAGGAGAACCCCCCCGAGGAGGAGGAGAGCUCCUCAGAUCGGCUGCUUUCUGCAGGACCAGAGGCUCAGAGAGAGCCAGAGAGAAGAGACACGAAGAGGGGCGAGGCCCAGAGACCCUCAGAGACCCCCACCCUGGAGACGCUCUGUGAGUGAGGGAGGAAGAGGAGGAGGAAGAGGAGGAGGAGGUGAAAUCUGAGGGACUGCAUUAGGUGUGUUCACACAGCAGGUCUCUGUGAAGAGGACUGCCUGCUCUCACCCUGUUACUAAGGGCCUCAAAAGACAGAAAAUUAUCUCUAUUUUACCCAGAGACCCUCAGAGACCCCCACCCUGCAGACGCUCGGUGAGGGAGAGAGGAAGAGGAAGAGAAGGAAGAGGUGGUAGUACCAGAGAGACAGCAGCAGCUCAUGUUCAUACAGCUGCUCCCACCCUGUUACUAAGGGACAUACAGCUGCUCUCACCCUGUUACUGAGGGACAUACAGCUGCUCCCACCCUGUUACUAAGGGACAUACAGCUGCUCCCACCCUGUUACUAAGGGACAUACAGCUGCUCCCACCCUGUUACUAAGGGACAUACAGCUGCUCUCACCCUGUUACUAAGGGACAUACAGCUGCUCCCACCCUGUUACUAAGGGACAUACAGCUGCUCCCACCCUGUUACUAAGGGACAUACAGCUGCUCCCACCCUGUUACUAAGGGACAUACAGCUGCUCCCACCCUGUUACUAAGGGACAUACAGCUGCUCUCACCCUGUUAC